AAUGUUUUAUCACGUGCCUUUGUGAUCGGCGGUGAGAUGAAUGAGAAGAUCACUUCCGCCAUAUCCUCAGUGAAGAGGAAGAUUGACGGUCAACACCCGAAAGCUGCGCUCAAUUGUUUGCAACUGGUGUCCGGUAUCUUCGAUGAAGCCCUUACAAAUUCGGAGAUUGACUUGGCCGUUGAUAUCAUCUUCAACAUGAACCAUGGCACAGUAGCUCUACUCUUUCAGAGCCUUCAGUACAACAAACUAUUCAAAGAAUGCAACGAAGAGAUUCUGAAGCUGCACCUCAAGAUUGUCCGGGAAUACUCGGGAAAAAUGCCCAAGUAUGUCACGUCUGUGAUUAAGUAUUCAACAAAGUACAUCGUUGCCUUAAAUGUGAGUGCCAAAGAGAAGGAGUUGUGCAUGCAAAUCAUCCAUGAGAUGUUUCUGCGCAAACUGUGCGAUGCAAUCGACUUUCCCACUGUCCUGAGCAAGAUCUUCAGGGUGUUUAACGACAAGGAUCCUCCGUCGAGAUUGCUUCAGAUCAGUUUCGAAGUCGUUGGGCUUAUCUGCAAGGAUUUCCCACAACAUGUGUCGGAAUCGUAUCGGCAGCAGUUUCACAAGGCAAUCUUCACCAAUCUCGACAGCCUGAUAAUUCAGAAGGAUAAAAUUUCCCUCGGCACUAUUGCUGGAGCCCUUGAUGGCCUCAAUAGCUACCUGAUCAACUUUUCUCCUGAAGGCGAAGAGGGUGCCCGGGAAUGUGAUAUCAUCUAUAACUGCGUCAAGGAGCUCUCAGAUGUCGGAGACAUUCGGGAGAAGGCCCUAUUCAGGAGCGCUAUGCUCCUCCUCACGUCACACACGGCCUUGAUUGCGGAACAAUUGCUCAGAGAUCACAAGUUCUGGCACGAGGCACUGCAAAAGUGGCUACAAUUGACAUAUGAGGACAAGAGGAUAGCCAUUAAUGCGAUAUAUGCUGUUCACAAGCAACUGGCAAUCACUCUCACUGAAAGAUCACAACCAGAAGAUGGAGAGGUGCUGAAAUUCUUUUUCAAAUACUUCACGAAUGUCCUCCAGAGCUCUACAUCGCAGCCGUAUGACAUCCGCAUCGCUAUUCAAGGUUUCGGAUUGAUGGCCGGGCCAUGCAAAGCGAUUGUGCCAGCCGAUCAAAUGGAAAACCUCCUGAAUCUUGUGAUUCAGGCGACUGAUCACGCCUACUUCAAAGAGAAGAUUAACAAGAGGGAGCAUAUGGAGCAUUUGGCUGACUUUAUGGAAUCCCUCAGUCAAAUAAUGGCUCACAUGCCGAUGAUCUCAAGGUUUCAGAUCACUUCACUGGAGAAUAUGAUGAUUGAAUUCAUCAAGGACUUUCACUACCUCUCGAGAGCUCAUCAUGAAUUCGUGUUAAAGGCUUUCAUGAACACCUUCCUGAAUUGCACUCUCCUCGAGGGCACAGUUUUUCAAGAUAUCGUUCAAGCAGUGAUCAAGCAAGGGAUUAUUUGGACAUGUAGACACAAACUGCCUUUCGACGCGUUUCGAGAUGAAAAUUCCCAGGAUUGGAAGGAAAAUAUCACGUACAAAAAUUACUUGCCACUUUGGCAGGGAAUUUUUAACUCUGGAAAGCGUCCACAAUUCACUGCAGUCUCAGAAAAGAUCUACGAAUCAUUUAUCUCUUCAAUCCACAUGAUCAUCGGGAAAUUGAAUCUUGACACGAAGAAGAGAACGUACAAGGAUGAAAAUGGAAAAGAUGAGGAGUUUGCUUUCUGUGAUCCCAACAUCGACCUCGAACCAGUCAAACCUUAUGAUUUCAACAUUUUCUUCAAUGUGAUCGAUCUGUUCAGAGAUGUAGUCUAUGAUCAGAGCAUUGAUCAUCAUGAGAAGAAUUUCCUACCGUGGAUUCCUCAAUUUUGCCACCUAAUCGUCAUCAACAUGCAGAAAUAUCCACUUGUUAGUGGAUUUCCUAAGCUUCUGGAUUUGGUGCUGAAUGUCGCUAACAAGAUCAAGUUCUUCGAUGAGGAGCACCAAAAAGAGAGAUCUGAGACUCACGAUAUCGUGAUAUAUUUGCUGAGAAUCCUCAUUCAAAGAACACAGUUCACUUCUGGUGAAUUACAAAUCUCCUACAUACAGACGAUUUUCAGUGUUCCAACAGAGAUUGUCAUACGAUUUCUGCAGGAUAUCAUUGAAGUCUUCAAGAUUGCCUUUGAGAUUGGGAAGAGCAUUUUGUGGCUGGCCAAUAAGGCCCUAAGUGCUCUCUUCAGGAUUGUCACCAGGGAUCAAGCGUCAGAUGAUGUGAAGGAAAUACUGGAGAAAGUUUUGCCGUGCUUGGACGUCUUUUUGCAGAGCAAGGGAUUUUCUGAUCCAUCGGUUCUCAGUGUGGAGAUUGUACGAGUUCAAAAUCGCCGGAAGAUUCAAAGGAACUUUCGUCAAGUGGACACUGACAGUGAAUUGCUGAAAUUUCAGAAGAGAAUCUAUGAUUUUAUUGGAAUAAUAGAACCCGAGAUGUGUCUUUAUUUGUUGAACAACAGGAAGCACACUGCCACAAAUCUCACCAAGGGCGACUUCGACAGCAGCAUAAAAUUGAAGAUUCACUGUACAGAUGUUUCGCCGAUAAUCUGUCUCGAUCCUCUACUGCCACGCGUUUUCCAGCUCGCCCUGUCGUCCAGUGACAGAAAGGUAAAAAUCAAUGCCUGUGAGUUAUUACAUGGAAUUGUUCUGUAUAUGAUUGGAAUCCCGGUGAAGAGUCCUAAAAUCUGGAUGGAAAUGUGGAAUCAGAUAAUCCAUCUGGGCUGUGAUGCCGAUGUGGCGGUUCAACAAAUGUUCGAGCCACUGCUUAUGCAAAUAAUGCACUACAAGGCGCAGCCAAAUCAGGAUGGUAUCAAUGAAUUAUUGGCAGCUCUAAUGGAAAAUAUUUCUCAUCCCUCAAAUGCUGCAGUAAGAGAUCUGUCAGCGAGAUGUUUGCGGGAAUUUGUGUCGUGGACGUUGAGGCAAAGCACGGGUGAUCAAGUGAGUGCUUCCAUACUGAAUAUCACAAGAAUAGUCACUCAGUUGGAGUUCUACUGCUGGAACUUCAACGUGUACCACCGACUGGGCGCCUCAUUGGCCUUCAAUAACCUGUACAGAAUUCUGAGGGAAGAUGAAAGCCUUCUUAAUCGAUACUGGAUAAUGUUGGCUUACUUGUACUGUACAAAUCUCAAGCUCUGCAUGAAGAAUUUCGACUCUCAACAUGAAAGUAUGGCUAUUGAGCAAGUCUGUCUCGCUCUUGAUCACAUUGUUCGAGUUCUCUGUGAGAAAAGUGACUUCUUCAGCACCACAACCGCCGAAAGGGUGAAACCAGAACCACUAGAAGAGGCCACACUGAAGCACUUGGCGUUAUGGAUUUUCCACGAGUGUGGAUCACACAGCCGUGUUUAUCGAGGAAAGUGCAUCGAGCUUUUUAUGAAGAUUGUUCCACACGUGAAGGAGUAUGACUCUCCAAAGAAGUUCAUUGCUUCUUGCAUCUCCAAUGAGGAGAUUCUGCAACUGUGUGAAGGAAAGGAUGGAAAUGAAGGCAUCGGUCAACGUCCAGAUCUCACUCAUAUCACAUCUGAGGAUAAUAUGCCAAUGAAGCUCAUCCAUGACUUCUUGGUGAGUCUGCUGACCGAUCUUGACAAUCAAAUUUGGCUCUUCGGUGGAGAUUUGGUUCAAAACCCUACGGAAACUAUAACCAAAAGCAAAAUUUUCCAUGCGAUAGACUACUAUUUGGAGAAUGUGUGCUGGAAAAGUGGUUUUGACAUAAUUGUCCUCCUCAAUAUUGACACCUUUGAAGAAGAUCGCAAAGAAAUUGAAAUGAGUAUGCAGAUCUAUCAUCAAAUAAGUGAUAUCAAGGCGAUUCUAUCUGCAAAAUUAAUGAGCUUCCUAACUAAAGUCGUACAGUUUUGUGGUCAAGACUUUCCGAAGUCUUUUUGGCGGCCGGACAGCAAGAUUAUAAAGUUUAUACUCGAUCUGAUUUUCCAACCCCAAGAAUUGGGUCUAAGUUUUCAGCAAGGUUCUAUUGAGGAGUCAUUGCCGACCAAAACGGAACUAGUUCUCACGAGGAUCAGGAGAGACGCUCCCAAAGAGUUUAAUGAGAAACUGUUCCUGGCUAUCAAGGACGAGUUUGCCUAUCGAUUGAAUAUUGUCACGAUGAAUACAGAGAAUAUGGUUGAGAAGAACUCGCUGGAAAGCUCAAUAUUUCGGGAAGCAAGAGGCAUUCUCGUCAUCUGCAAGUAUGUCAAAGUGUCGACAUUUCCCGACAUUACAAAAACAUUCUUCGCUUCAGCAACAAAAAGACUAUUGACCGAUCUUUUCCUAUCCAUAACGAACAAGAGACAAAAUGAACUUUACAUCAGAACUCUGUCUCAUGAGGUGAAAGCUUACCUAAAUUUGCUCUUGAAUAUCGCUUUCUAUAACGAAGUCACUCAUGUGUGUGUGAUUGAUUGUUUGUAUGAUCAAACGCCAGUGAAGACACUCAAUGCUUCAGAGAAAGGAUGCAUGAAUCGCGGAGAAUACUUUCUGGAUGUGUAUCGAGAUGAACUUUUAGCUAAUUUAACAAGGAAGAUUGAUGUGACAAUCCGUACUAUCAUCAAGAAUGUGUCUAUUGCACGAUUGCCAAUGGCAAGUCGGGUGAUCAUUGAACUCUGCAAGUUCAUUUUCGAUAAAGUGUCAGAAAAAGGCAAUGGGAAAAUCUUGGUGGACACAAUUAUUGGUUUGUGGCCAACUAUUCGGACAUUCUUUGUCGAAUGGAGCAGUUCAUCCAAAUUGGCUGAUCUUUAUUUGAUCGAACUCGUGUCAAACAUAGCAAUGAUCAGUCCAUAUCCUCUAUGGGAAUUAGCUACAAAGUUAAAUGAUCUUAAGCAAUGGAUCCUCGACCUGAUCUCCAGCAAAGACACGUCAAUGGAAGUGAAGAAUCAUGCAUUGGAACUUUUGCCAACUAUCACAGGUCCUCAAGACAAUUUCAACGAUAAACUUACUGCUGCUCUCCGUGCUUUUCAAGCCGACCGUUUGCCGCUGAUUUCAUCUGAAUUCAAGGCGGAGAGUAUGGAACGUGCCAGCUUGGUUGUGACUUUUAGAACGAUUCUGGAAGCUUUGGUGGCAUCUCAAUCACGCAUUCUUCUCAAGUUCCUCAUCGAUGCAACUGCCGGGGACGAGAACCACAUCAUGGAACACGAAAUCGCAGAACAGCUACAGAAAUGCAUGCAUUUAAUGUCAGACGAUCAUCAAGUGGAGUGCAUACAGCUAUGUUUUGAUGUGUUUUGCAACACUCAAUUGGAGCCGAACAUUCGACUGAUUGUGAGUCGCAGGUUUCUCAAAACCAUUAUUAGAUCAUGCAGUACUAAAGCCAUCAUCACGUUCUUCGAGAGAAACAUAAAGAAAGUGGUGGAGUUGACGGACUCGAGCUACGGUAUGCAGGGCAGAGGAUGGCCGGUGGAGCAGGCUCUGGUGAGCCGAGCUGGAGGCUAUGAAUUGAUCGAGUGCCUCUUCAGUAUGGUGGAUAAGGAGUGCCUCACAACAAUAAGUUUUGCUUUACUCGGCACACCUGGAACGGAGAUUGUGAAGCAACUCACAAGGAAGGCUUUUAAAGUGCGAUCAGAAAUUUUUCUCACGUCAGAUGAGACUGCUUCAGACUUCUAUAGAAAGUACCAGUGUCACGCUUAUUCAGCUCUAUGCACAAUCGUGAGCAACACGCAAGAUCAGUUGAAGUUCUAUGAAGGAUUAUUGUUCAAGGAAGAUCCCGCAAAAGAUGAGUACAUUUGGCAGAGGAUCAUUAAUUGCAAGAACAACAAUUUAUACAGCAAUUUGGAACAAGAAUUCCCAGAUUAUCCUAAAGUUAGAGAUCUUAUGGUGUCGAUAAAGCGUUUGGCGCGCAAAAGUGAGGGAGACUAUAUGAAGUUUUCUCACACAAACAACGUCUUCAUGUCAUCUUUGAGCCAGGAAGUUACGCGAUUCGACUUCACACAUGCCGCAAUUCGUACUGCCGAAGAUGUUGCCAAUAGAGAGACAGAUAAAGAAUUUGCCUGUGUUCAGCUGGAGAAUGAUGAUAUCAACAAACACGAGCUAAUGGCAACUCUUUGCGCCUUGAUUAAUCACAUGUAUGAGAAUAAGAUCACUCCUGUUAUCGAAGAUGCGAGCAAUGUUCGAAGAAUAGCCCCGCAGUGGGUGGAAGCCAUAGCAAAUGCUAUUUACAGUCGACAACAGCCCAAGAAUGUGCGGAUCUUCCUCUGCAAAUUGGUGGAUAAUUGCCGAAAUGUGUUCAAGUUCUACUGCUCCACACUGAUGGCACCUCUGAUGCAAUUUAUUGUAGAUGAAUGCGCCGGAAACAUCUUGAACUCCUUCAUAACUGACUUGGUGGCUUUGAUUCUCGAGUGGAGUGAGGUUUAUGAGCCCAAAUCUUGCGAUGAAUCCAGCGUGGCGUCACAGAUGUUGACUUUUCUCAUGAAGAACUGCUAUCAUGCACGAACUGAGAUUUUUAAGCUGAAUUUGGACCUCAUAAAUCGAUUGAUUCAUCUCUGGAAAGACUUCGUAAUAAUCCAAAAGCAAGUGCUUUACGAUCUUGUGACUCAAAAUUGCAGCAAUGAUUCGAAGGAGAACAUUUGUGGUCUUCAGUUGAAUGCUAUUGUGUUGUCCACUGGCAUCAUUCCUUGGGUAGAUGCCAUUAAGGUGAACUACUUGAAGGCCCUUUUUCGGUGUCUAGAUAAUGACUUUAAGAUGAUCUAUCAGACAGCGUCACAUCUUCUUGGCAUGUGCCUGAAACAUAUUAAUCCAGAUGGAGAAAUUGAGGAUGAUGUCUGCUCAAUGGAUCUUAAAUUGAAAAUUGAAGCCAUCAAGCGCUCAAGUGAAGACAAAUUCAUCAACGUGAUUUACGGUGUUCAGAAGAACUAUCCCAAGAUUCUAGAACCUUUCAUGCUGGUGAUUAGCCACGUGAUUCCAAAUGCUUUCGGGGCGAAGAAGAAAGUUUGUUUGGAGAUGUUCCUUUCUGGAAUGGAAAAAUACGGCGACACAAUUUUUCGAGAGCUGAUGACACUUGGCAUAAGAGAUAUUUUAAAGCAGGCUCAACAUCAACUAUUGGGACUCCACUUGAUUAACAAAGCAGUGAAGAACAUGACUGAAGGAGAAAUCGCUGAAAUUUCCAAUGAUGUUUUGUCAUUUGCGGAGAGCAAAAACACAGAAUGUCGUGAUCUAAUGUACGAAAUUCUCGUCAACAUGGUGCAAAUCUUGAAGGAGAGAUCAGAGCACAAGACCGAGAUUUAUAAGACCAUCCUCGGUUCGCUGCUGAAUGGACUGUCGGAUAUAGACACCGAUAUUCAAAACCGCAUUUUCACCUUUUGGUCCAACGAGAAGAUCCUCUCUCCGAAACUUCGGGACAGAUUCUUGGCGAUACUAGAGAAUCUCUAUGAUCCAAAGGCGGAAAAGCAUUUUCUCGAAUAUGCCACGCAACUCCUCCUCGACUUACCAGUUCAAAAUCCCAAUUCUAAAGAUCAACUGUUGCUGAACCAGAUUGAGAAUGAUUACAAACUGACGGAAUACGAAAUCAACGUGAGCUGGAGAUCGAAGUCAAACCACUCUCUGGUGCCUCUGUUUGUGGAAUCACAGCAACGUCAGGUGAUUGUGGGCAGUUCUCUGCAAAUGGGAAGAAUGCUGAGGGCAACAGCGAGUGCUGAAGGUUUUCAACCAACUCAGGAUCCAACAACUAUAACAAAAAUCCCCGAUACCUUUGCUCUCUCGACGCCAAACUCUCUUCUUUUCACUCUUCCGCCACAAGUGUUGGACAGGAAUUCACGGCAUAUCUCAGAGGCAACGACUAGUAAACCAAAACCACCACUGGGAAACCUUCGCAAGCGCUUCAUCGUGGAUAAAGAGAAGUCUCACAAGGAACAUGCGUUGAAGAUGAUAGAGAAGAAGCACAGUGAGACUCAGAAGUACACCAAUAUCAGACGUGCCAAGGAAAAUGAAGUUGUCAUGUACCGUCGGUACAGAUUUGGUGAUUUCCCUGACUUGCUCAUCAACGGCUUGGCACUCUUGUUGCCCCUUCAAGCGCUCGUGAAAAAGGACGCAAUAGUGGCUAGACAUAUUUUCAUGGCUCUCUACAAUGGCUUAAUUUCCAAUGUGAAUAAUAACACGACAACCUUCCGGCAAUCUGUCAGUCUUCAUAUUAAUGAAAUCCUGAAUACGUCAAAGAAUUGCGAAUCAAUAAUCUUUGCUACGCUCAUGGAAGUGGCUCUGAGUGAUCCGACGCUUUUCAAUUUCUCACCUGACAUCGUGGCGAUAUCUUCAAUUGCGAGCAACAUGGUUCCCAGUGCUACACUCUACAUCGAAUCCUGCCUUAAUAUCCUGUCGAGUGAUCCCUCCAUAACGUCACAUGGCUCACAAGAGAAUUUAAUGCCCAACAUGUGGCUAAAGCUGGCGGAAUUGUACCAGAGCAUUUCGGAGAAUGAUAUGGUGUCGAGCAUUUUCUCCGACAAACUCUUGACUAAUCCGGAUUUGAGCAGAGCUAUUGAUUGUCAGAGUCGAGGAGACUUAAUUGCGGCCCAGAAGAUUUUCAUAGGACUAGUCGCAUCAGGUGGUCAGAAGAUUGAGUAUGAUUUUUGCUACGAAUCCCUCUAUAACUGCUACGAAAAGAUGGGAAAGUGGUCCGAAUUGGCGAAGAUUGGAAAAGAUCAAGUGGACAGCUGGGAGGAGUUGUGGACGAAUGAGUGGGAUCAUGAAAAUCUUUUGCCAUGUCUCAUAAAAGCCAAUAUGCGCCUCAUGUUGCAGGGGAAAACGGAGAGUAAGGAGUUCAUAGAUAUCUUGGAGGGAUGGCUACGUGUGCCGGAGAAAGCCAACACUCUCAGAACAAACUACUCAGAGGAAAUCAUAAUGUUUCAAAUUGCCAACGGAGACUUCCGAUCAGCCAGGGUCCAGUCAGAGCAAAAUUUGUCCUACUUCUUGUCAGAAUGGGGACAUCUAAGCAUUUUGUCGGACAAGUUGCGAUCUGAAAAGAUUUUCAAUCUUCGUCGCGUGGCCGAGAUUCAUCGCUGCAUUGAGAUUAUCCUAAAUGAUGAGAAAAGUGAGAGGAUCGAGAAACUUCUGAAGACGUGGAAAAGUGCCUCUCCUAGUCUCAAUGAUUCGCUCAAAAUGUGGGAUUUCCUAAUCGCCUACAGAUCAUACUUUGGGGGCGUGUUAAAAGGAAAUGCUGCAGAUAUCGAUCAAUGCAUAACAGAGAUGAAGUUUAAGUUCUUCGAAGCAGCUAUUCAGCAGAAGAAUGUCCAGUUGUCUUUCAGUGUUUUGCAAUCUUUACUGAACUCACAAAGCCAGAACACAGCCAUGAAUAUAGAAGUUGAGAAUACAGUGAAGCUGGAAUUGGCAAAGUGCAAACUAAGGAAUUUGAAAAUUGAGAAUCAACAUGCGACCGAAACCUUUAAAGAGUAUCUCAAAUCUUCUGCGAAAGUCAAUGAAAUCGUGACUUCGGCUGCUAUGAAGGACUACAGCCUCAAUUUUCAACUGCAAAUCUACAGUGAUCUCAUAGAAGUCCUUAAAAGGGUGUCAGAUAACCUUCCAAGGGUCAACAUUGACGACAACCACAGAGAUAUUAUCCUGAAUUUAACCCCACAAGGAAUUACCACUGAUUUGAAUGCUCGACUACAACAGCAAAAUCUUACUUGGCUUAUCAAGAGUGUGGAGGUGGCGGGCGAAAUUGCAGAAUCAUCUCAGAUUGACAGCAAAAUACUUGGCAAUACUUACUACAAGAUGGCCAGUUACUGCUACGAUCGCAUUGGAGAGAACAAUAAGUCUCUUUCGCUGGAGCAGAACUUCAUUCUCUCGGUAUUGCGUGGCAUGCGAUACAAUUCCAGGGAGGCGCGCAAUCUCUUUCCAGCUUUACUGGAGAUGCCAAAUUUGAAAUCGAAUUCAAUCAUCACUAAGUUGUUUAUCAGCGAGAGCAAGAAAGUACCUGAAUGGAUGUUCCUCAAUUGGGUGCCUCAGAUUCUGUCAACAUUCAAUUUCUCCUCGCCUUGUUAUCUAGACAAAAUCCUGCAUCGAUUGGCACAAACAUAUCCAGCAGCGAUUGUCUAUCCCUUCACACUGUCCUACAAUCAGCACUUGGACAUGCAAAAUUCUUCAGUGCCAGAUCGGAAGCUUGUUACAGAGAUCAUUGGAUUGACAAAUAUUCCUGGAGUGAGUCACUUUAUAUCAGCACUUUCGUGUCUUUGUCUACCCAAAUUAAUGCUUGCCUCGCAUCUCACGAGAUUUUACAAUGAUCUCUUCCGUGAAACACACAUGCCAGAGGGGAAGAAGAUGAAGUACAUUCGAAAUAUCCUGAAAAAUGUAUUCAGGGAAGGAGUGGAAAAUCUUCAGGGAUCAGCAUUUAAGCAUAUCGAGAAGUAUCAGGCUUCUGUAAGGGAUUUUUGCAAUGAAUCAUCUGUGAGGAAUCUUCUGACAUCACUUGAUGGCAUGAUAAAGACGUUGAAGGAGGAAACUAAUGCGGAGAUUCAAGAGAGUAUUGAUCUAGGAAAGCUCUGCCCGUGGAUGAUAAACUUUAAACCGACGGAGGAGAGCGUGAAUAUGGAAUUGCCAGGACAGUAUAAAGGAGACCAAAAGCCAUUUGUGGAGCAUCACGUUAAGAUUGCCAGAUUUCAUCAAAAUCUUUACAUCUUCCAGUCCUUGCGAAAACCCAUGAAACUGACAAUUACUGGCACUGAUGGAAAAUCUCAUGAGUAUCUUGUGAAGUACGGUGAGGAUUUGAGGCAAGAUCAGAGAAUCCAACAACUUCUUCAGCUCAUGUCCGCGAAUUUGCAACUCGACGAGCAGUGCAAGAAUCACAAUCUCUUCAUCCAGACCUACCAGAUCAUCCCAAUGUCUCAAUAUUGUGGCAUAACAACUUGGGUCCACGACACAGUGAUCAUGAAAAACUUUGUAAAGAAAUCCUUCAGUCGGCAUGAUGCGUUGGAUUCCAUCCUGACGAGAGUUGUUGGACAAUUCAAGGAGUAUUUCAACAUAUCUGAUGGAAAACUCUCUAUUGACUAUGGAAAUAUGGUGAUGAGAAACUCUCGAUCGAAGAUCAGGAAGAAGUUUAGUGAACUGGAGAAAAUGAUCCCAAAGGAUCUCGUUCGAAAAGCGCUGUGGGACAUCAGUAUUUCGCCGGAGUGUUUCUUCGUGCUGCGAAACAACUUUGCUAAGAAUCUCGCUACGAUGAAUAUCGCCCAUUGGAUUCUGGGCAUUGGAGAUAGACACUUGGGGAACUUGCUGUUUAACACACAGAAUGGCCAUUUGGUUGGCAUAGAUUUCGGCAUGGUGUUCGGCGGAGCCACAAUCAACCAACCGAUACCAGAACUGAUCCCAUUCCGACUCACACCUAAAAUGGUGAACGUGAUGAAUCCCUUCGGAGUGUCCGGACUAUUGAAGAAGUGUAUGAUUCACGCCUUGAGAUCCUUCAGACAAUGUCACAAGAUGAUCAUGGCUUGCAUGUCUGUCUUCAUUCAAGAACCAACACUAGACUGGAUGACAGCGACAAAUGAUCGAGAUGAUGUCUCAUCACAAGAAAACGUCCCAUGGAAUUAUCGCGUCAGAAUUGAGAUUGCCAAGAAAAAACUUUGUGGAUCUAAUCCAAGAGCCCUGAUGGCGGAGGAGCUGUCGAUGUCUGUGAUCGCCAACACUACAUUCCUCGAGGGAUACAGAAACAUCCUCAAAGGAGAUGAGGACAUGAAUGUGCGAACUCAACUUCCAGACAUUAACCUUUCUGUGGAGGAUCAAGUGUCCUGCCUCAUUGAUUUGGCCACAGAUCCUGCUAUUCUGGGCGUGUGUUACAUGUAUUUUCAUCCGUGGAUCUAAUA